AUGGUAGGGCUCAUCCCUCAGCUAACACUCGAAGACCUCGAUCCAGCUUCAAAGCCCAAGUAUUCGAAGGACCCGCCCGACUCCGUUGAUCCCAGAGACCUUUCGGUUGCAGAUUCGUUCUUGGAUUUUGAUUCCAUAGAGGAUUGGUUCAAGAAUAUUGAUAUGGCGGAAACAGGGCAGUUUAAGGCUGAGGCGGUUGACGCAGAGUAUAUUGGAGGUGGGUUCGAGCCGGCGGGUGAUGGGUCUGUGCCGAUUGAUUAUGGGUCUGGUUGUGCGGUGAAGGUGGAGGGUCAAACGUUGGAGAAUUCGGGUUGUUUGAUUGCGGAAGAGUUGGGGAAGGUUAAUUUGCUUGGAGGGUGUGAAGAAAGUUCGGUUCUUGAUGGUGGGAAUGGUAUGAAGAGUGAAGUAGUGAGUUGUGAUACCGGGGAAAUGAAACCGGUGAGUAAUGAGAAUGGGAGUGAGGGUUUGAAGUCGAAGAUUGAAGGCGGGAAUGGGAUGGGCAGCGAAAUGGUGAGUGGGAAUGGUGGGAAGAGUGGAGCAGGGAAUGGUGAGUCCGAGAGUGAAAGCUCGGAGUCUGAGAGUGAGAGUUCGUCGUCGUCGUCAUCGUCAUCAUCUGAGAGUAGUAACUCUAGUGAUGAUGACAGCAGUGAUGAUAAAGAGGAGGAAAAUAGGAAAGGGAAGAUGAAUGUGGAGGUGCAGGAGAGCAACGAGGGUGGUGAAAUGGAAGAAGGUGAAAUAAGGGAUGCUGAUGGAGGGGAGGAGGAAGAUAAGAUAUUCGGUAUGGAUAACGAAAGUGAGGAUGAUGAUGAUGAAGAUGAAAUGGUUGCUUGGGCCGAUGCUGAAACUUUUGACGAGGGAGACGGCGAUGAGGAUGAUGUUGGAGAUCUGAAGGGACCCAUUAGGUCCAAGAAUGAGCUUGAGGUGCUUCCCCCAAUUCCUCCGGUGGAGGUGACUUUGCAACCACAUCAUCAGAUGCAACCUGUGGGAGUUGUCUUAUCGGUUCUUGGUACCCAAGUCAUCGUAGAAGGGGUAGAGAAGCACAACCCUCUAAACGAGGGUUCGAUUUUGUGGGUAACUGAAAGUAGAUCUCCGUUGGGGUUGAUAGAUGAAAUCUUUGGACCUGUCAUACAACCUUACUAUGUGGUGAGAUUCAAUUCAGAAAGUGAAAUACCUAGUGGAAUACAAACAGGAAUUUUGGUCUCUUUCGUUCCGGAGUUUGCGGAUCAUGUGCUUAAUAACAAAGAUGUUUACCGAAAGGGUUAUGAUGCAUCUGGUGCAAAUGAUGAAGAGAUAUCAGAUGAGGCAGAAUUUUCAGAUGAUGAGAAAGAGGCUGAAUACAGGAGGAUGCAAAAAAUGUCAAAGAGGGGAAUGAAGGACCAAAAUGUUGGCAAUAAGAAAAACAACAGAAAACGGGGUAAAAAUAAGCCGGGACCCUGGAAAAAUGGUCAACCUUCACCGCAGCAAACACCAGUGGAUGUGGUUAAGCAGCCUCCCAAUCAACACCACCAUCCUUUUUCUCCAGGUGUACCAUCUUCUGCUGCAGUAUCACAAAAAUUGGUUAGUCGGACUGGAUUAGUUCCACCAUUUCCAGCUCCUACACAGGUCGCUGGUAUCAACACAACUUCAAAUGGAGGUUGGGCAAAUGGAGUGCCGUUUCAGCCACAAAACACAUCCUUCCCUAACGGAUUUCCAAACAAUAGUUUUCCAAGUCUUCCACAGUAUAAUCCUCAAUAUCCUUAUCAAAUGUCUAUUCCGAACAGAAUGCCGUUCUAUCAGCAGGCUGGUGCUGUCUUACCGGGCCAACAGUUGAACGCCUUUGCAGGACCUGCGUAUUCACAAGGGAUGAUGGGUCAACAUGGGUUCAAUCAAACAGCCUUUGGGUUAGGUUUACAGGGCCAACCCAUACCAGGCCAACAAUUCAAUGCCUUUGCAGAACCCAGGGUGGGUCAACUUGGUUUUAACCAAAACACGUUCGGGAUGGGAUUACAGGCCCAACCUUCUCACCCAAUCUUCAAUGCAGAUCAAGGAAUGCCAUCAAAUGGAUUACAUUCCGAACAAAACCAUAAUUUGCCACAAUCCGUCGCAAAUGCGGGCAAUGUGGACAGCCAGCAAUGUAAUCAGGGCGCACCUUCUAAUCAUGGAAGGAGACCCUCCCAUAGAGGGGCUCGUAAUUUUGGAAGGAGACCCUCCCAUAGAGGGGGUCGUAAUUUUGGAAGGGGAAGAGGCAGGCAGCAAUCGAGGUGAAAGUUAUGGCAUGCUCUGCGGCACCCAACACACUGAAGUUAAACUACAAGUAGGCUUUGAGAAGAGCCAUCGUUCGAAAUCGCUUGUUUUUAUGUAUUCGGUUUUUACCGUAUUUGCUGGUCCAGUAUAUGAAAGAACAUAGAUGGUGAACAUGUUCUCGAUUUCCUUACAAUGCAAUAUCCACCUUAGUUGCAUGUAAUUUUGAACAUCGACAAAUUUUGGUCUGUCUAGUAAAAGCGUCGAUAAUUUUGAAUUUAA